CGAUAAUAAAUGUGUUGAAAGUCAAGACCUGAUAAGAAGGGCAUGUUGUCAGUACAGGAAUGAAGAAAUUUUACGGCUGUAAAGGACACUCUGACGUUAAGGAGUUCCUUUGCUCACAAUGCGGCAAACAGUUCAAGCGUAAAGAUAAAUUACGCGAACAUCAAAUUGCCAAACAUUCCGAAGCCGCAGAAAAUGCCAAAAAAAACCAACCGAUCGACCAACGAACCGCACAACUGGACAAAUCGGAUGUGGUGGUUAAAAUUGCACCGCCCGACUACGAUCGAUUCAUUUACAAAUGUCACCACUGUUUGUUGGGCUUCAAACGGCGCGGAAUGCUGAUCAAUCAUAUGGCCAAACGGCAUCCGAAAAUCAGCAUUGACACGGUGCCCGAACUUAAUCUGCCGAUUUUGAAGCCACAGCGGUUUUUCUACUGCGUCUACUGUGAGAAGGUGUACAAAAGCAGUUCGAAGCGAAAAAAUCAUAUUUUGAAGUAUCAUCCGGGUGAAGAUUUGCCCCAAUCGGCUCGAUCGAAAAUGUCCAGUGAAGGGGAAAAUCAGAAUCUCAGCUAUUCGGAGGUGGUAGGUAGUGUUACGCUAUCACCACAACGAUGUCUGUGGUGUCACAAGCAAUAUGCAACACGUACGCGACUUUUGCUGCAUCAGCGUAAGUCACACAGCGACAAUUUGAAUGCCAUUGCCAUGGGCGCUCGAUUGAAUGAAUUGGACGAUGGCAAACCGAAUUUCAUUCCGCACGAAACCGAACCGGAAAAUAAACUGUUGAAGCUAUCGUCAGCCGCACUGGAGGCGUCGCUAAAGGACGAUUUCCACUUCUUGGACGACAACAGUUCGGCGUUGUCGAAAAUCGAUGUUAAUUUCAAAGUGGUCGGUGAAUUCGUUGAUUCGUCCAGCGGAUCGAAUGUGGACGUUCAACGUUUACCGCAACUUUUCGAGGGUAUUGAUUGUUUGAAUCUGAAGCCAAGAGACAAUGAGGAGACAUGAUGACGAAGGGGGAAAUUACUUGAUGGGAAGGAGGCUUCGAGCAAUGUAAAAACAAUCCCAGAAAGGAAAGAUUAGCUACCUAGCUUGUACAUUAUACAAACGAACAUUUAUCAUCCAGGUGACAAGUGUUGCGCUGCAGAUUAAUAAACACGAAAAUAAUUUUAA